CAUGACGCAGCCUCUCCAGCUGUGCGUCAGCCCGCUGGGAGCAGACAGACAGGUUCACAGCGGCGUUAACCGACAUUUUAAACAACAUCUUAUUCACAGCUAACGGAAGGAACCCGAAGAACAGACCGACACAUUAACGGGAACAACCGACAGUGUUUCACAUUAACGGGAACAACCGGGAAAACAGGAACGGAGUGUUUGUGGUCGCUGCCAGCAGCUGUUUGUCCGAGACGGAGAGGGUUCCUCCCGCAGUGUGUGUUACGUCCUGAGGGGGUGGAGCCAGCAGACAGUGUUUGGUUCAGUUUCCUGUGUAGGAGGAGUCACAGUGAACGUCUCAGAGAUGUGAAGCUGAAGGUUCAGAGGAGCUGUCAAUCAAAUCAGGACCGAUUUUGGUGACAUCACACCCUCAUUGGAACGCCCACUUGGAGGACCAUCAUGCACCUGAAGUCGUAUCCGAAGCUGGUGCGCUCAGAGUUGCGUUUGGAUGCUGUCGGUGUUCAGACGUUUGUGAGCCACCAGGGGGCGCUGUUGAAGACCUGCAGCAGUAACCAUGGCAACAUCAGCAGCCGCCUGCCACUCAGCGUCCUCUCCACCAACACGCUCCGCUGCAGCAACACCACAAACCACUUCAGCAGCAGCGCAACGUCGCUCCGGCUGAAGGCGUCACCCAGCGGCGCCCUGCAGCUCCUCCCCCCUUUGCCAGGCAACAAGAACAACACGCUCAGACUGUACCAGACUGCCACAGAGGAUGCCGAUGCCCCGCUGGACAUCUGGGCCGUCAUCAAGCCCGGACACGUCCGUGAGAAAAUCGCCAUCUUUGCUUUAGAUGGGGGGCGGACCGAAGGCACUGGGGACAGCGAACGCACCUCCACUGCCGGCUCUGGUGGCCGAGAAAGGAUGCCGGCGGCGGGUAUAAACCACGGCGCCAUGACGGGGAUGUUACGGGCCGGGAAGGCUAAAGGAAGCUGGGAGGAAAACUGCAAUGCCAAACGGCGCCGCAGGUCAGGAAUCCAACAGGACACACAGCAACCAUCUCCACGGCAACCGGACUCCACUCAGCAGUCGGGCAACGGGUGGCACGGAGACGCGGCAGUGACAGCGGAGGAGGAGGAGGAGGAGGAGCAGAAGGUGUCGGUGGUGGAGAUGGUGGCGUUCCUGGAGCACAGAGUCAACGAACAGCAGUCGGACUCCAAACCUCUGGUUGCCCUCCAGAGGAGCUCCACCACCAUCACACUGUCCAGAGCUUCACCCCCCGACGCCAGGGGGGAGGAGCCAGAGAGCAUCAGGGUGUCAGACAUGGUGGCCCGGCUGGAGUCGGAGUGUCUGAGGAGGAGAGCAGAGGGAGAUCUGUCAAGGAGCAACAGCCUGAGGAGGACAGUGGAACGAGUCCUGUUCGCCGCCAGAGACCAGAGCCCCGCCUCCUCUUCACCAUCGUCAGUGAGUUCAUCAAGGAUAUCAUCACCUUCAUCGUCACAGCCAGGAACUCAGAGUGCACGAGAACCAAUCAGCUGCUCACAAACAGUCUCAGAUCUGACCACGCCCCCAUCACCUGCCCCAGCCACGCCCCUCCCCUCAGGUGAGGCCGGUCUGGAGACACAGGCCCCGCCCCCUCCGUCUGAGGAGGCGGAGCCUCUGCCCGGCUUGUUGUUUUUGUCUGUGCCUCCUGUUGCCUCAGAGACACUGCUGCACACAGACUCCCUCCCAGAGUCCCGCCCCCCCCGCCACAGAGCGACCUUUGACUUGCAGCCCCCCCCCCCUGCUGCUCGCUCUGACUCUGGCAGUCAGUCAGAGAAGAGGAGGAGGAAGGCUGAGCGUGCUCAGGAGGUGAAGGCUGGCAGUGCUGUGGUGCCGGCGGGCCGGCGUGCGUCUGCGUCGCAGGACUUCCUGUUGAUGCGUCAGCGUCUGCAGCAGCUGCUGGAGCCGCAGCCGUUCCUCGCCGUGCUGCCACAUCACCUGCUGGUAAAGAUCUUCCUGCUGUUGCCCACGCACACACUCGCUGCGCUCAAGUGCACCUGCCACUACUUCAGCUUCAUCAUCGACAACUACGGCGUACGGCCCGCUGACUCGCUGUGGGUGUCCGACCCCCGUUACCAUGACGACCCCUGCAAACAGUGCAAGAAGCGCUACGGCCGCGGCGACGUCUCGCUGUGCCGCUGGCACCACAAGCCGUACUGCCAGGCGCUGCCGUACGGCCCUGGCUACUGGAUGUGUUGCCACGGCGCCCACAGGGACGCGCCUGGCUGCAACGUGGGUCUCCACGACAACCGCUGGGUGCCAGCGUUCCACAGCAUCAACGCGCCGAUCUACAGGAGGAGCCGCCAUGAUGACCCAUGAUGCAACAGCAGACUGUCCUUCAGUGCAACAUUUGAAAUAAGGGAAUCAAACAUUUUACAGGUCGAUCUGACCCGGUGGUUUCCUGCCGGCGGCAGCAGAGGGCGCCCUCUGCUGCUCAAACGCCUCCUCACAGCGAGCUUCCUGACGCUGCUUCACGUCUCGUUGAUGACGAGCAGCAGCUGGAAGGAGGAAGUGUCCCAGCCAGGACUUCUUCUUCUGCUGCUGUUCUUGUUUGUCACAGUGUCCCUGAUCAAUAAUCUAUAAUCAGUGAGCUCAGAGAAUGAGUUGUAAAAGAGCAGACUCACUAAUUAACACAAGAGCUUAUUAUUGAUCUGUUGAUCUGCGAUUGCAACAAUGAACGCAAAUUCAACCAAUCACUUCCUGUUUCUUUUAUUGAUCUUUAAUCAAUUGUAAAAAAUAUCAGAACUAUUGUUGCAGCUUCAGCAACAGAAAAACAUUUGCAGUGAAAUCAGGAACUGAUGGACUGUAUUGAUAAUGACUGAUGAGAUAUUUAUUAAUAAUCUCUGAUCAUAAAAUAAAGUCAGGAACAAGUGAAGACGUGAGAGGGCGGCUGGUUACCAUGGCAAUACAAACAAUUGGUGGAUCAUCAGGAAAUGAUUAGUGAUGAUUGUUUACAUUGAAAUGUUUUUGGUCCGGAGAGAGGACUGCGGGGCUUCAGAGGGGGCUCAGUGGAGGAACUUUAUCUGCACCUUGUUUGUGUUUACAGGAGAACUGAUAAUUGUUUGUUUCUCUGUCCAAUCAGCUGAGGGAUAAUCAAUGAUCAACAGGAAGUGGCCUUGAUGCAAUAUUAAAAAAGAAUAAGAGGAGAAAAGAAACAACCUUUGACCUUCAGAGAUUUAGUUUUUUAAGGUUUGUUUGUGUUUGCUUUAAUAAAGUGCUUUCUCAUUGGUUCACUCA